CGGAUUAGAUCAGAAUCCGAUUUUAAUCUAAUCGUCUUCCCUAAAGUCUAAACGGUACCAACUUGAGUCACUUGAUAUAGGGAUGAUCCCAAAUCGCAGCAUAGUUUUUUGUUUUUGAGCCCCCAAAAGACAUAAAAGUAGCCCACGCAACACAUCAGUAGCAUAAAUUAUUCAUGACCCGCCAGCCAAAAGUUUCCAGGUUUUGAAGAAGGAACGCAGACAGUGAGUCUACAACAGAUUCUUUUCCCGUCUCGUGUAUAUCUCUCCAGCUUCACUCAGUCUGCUCCGUUGGAUUCUACAGGUUAGUGGUGAAAAUGUCGGACAAGGGAGGCAGAAUGUUUACGUUGCCCACCAAAGCAACACCCAAAUCUUCUCUCAAAUCAUCUUCUGGAAAAGAUGAUGGUUCAGCAAAAUCAAAGAAGGGAAGGAAAGUUCAGUUCGGAACUGAAGGUUCACCUGAUGUUCAGUUUAAUUUCUCAUCGGGAAAAUCUGAUGGCAAGUUCGCAACCCCUUUUGGUAAAGGUGGAAAAGGAGACAAAGUCAGCAAUGGUGGGAAGACUCAUGUGGCCAAAGAAUCACAGACAUUGGAGCUCAGAGUUGAAGCAGAACUUCCAGAAAAUGUUAAAUGCAUUAUGGAUUGUGAGGCUGCCAGUAUCUUAGAAGGCAUUCAAGACCAAAUGGUUGUACUCUCUGGCGAUCCAACUGUUAAGCUCCCUGAAUCAUUUCAUUCGGGACUGCAGUAUUCCAAGGGUGGUAGCUGUUAUACUAAUCCGCAGUAUGUUAGAAAAGUUCUUCAAUCUCUUUCAAAACAUGGUGUCUCUAACAGUGAGAUUUGUAUGAUUGCAAAUACUUGUCCAGAAACCGUUGAGGAAGUUUUUGCUCUCGUCCGAUCCUUGCAGGCUAAGAAAAGCAGGCUCAGCGAACCACUUAAAGCUGCAUUGGACGAGCUAGCUAAACUUAAAACAUCAACCUAAUUGCAUGUGUGGAUGCUCUGGUGAGGUGGUUUUUACUAGGAUGUUACUGCUUUAAGUUGUAGCCUUCUAGGCUGUGAUUAUUGUUUGGAUCCGAUAAACCAAAUGCAUGCAGGUUACUCGACUGUUAGGAGCAUGAGACAGGCUUAUUUUUGCGGGGGGAAGCCUUAUCGGAAUUGGUUUGAUAGAACUAUCCUCGUGUCGUAAUCGAUGGUUUUACCCUCUCCAUUUCAAUGACCGGAGAUUAAUUAGACCAAGUGUGCAGGGUUUAUUUCACUGUUGGAAUAUUAUCAACUUGUGACAUGAAUUCGUAGUCAAAAUAGAGAUAUUGUUUAAUGGUGUGACUGCUGGAUUCUAUAACUGUUGGAAUAUUAUUAUCUUAUGAUGUGAAUAUUUUUGUCGAAUAUCGAUAUCGUAUUUGUAG